AGAGGGCGCUGUGCUACACUGAAGCGACAACAUGUGAGCAACAGCAGCUGCAGCCAAUGGAAACAUGGCGAUUCCCAGUAAUGCUGCCCGUCUCUGUCGCCUGGCGGGACGGAAUGUCAGCUCCCUGCCUGUAAUACGCAGAAGAGCUGUCAGCCUGCCGGGGAGACGAUGCUACGUUUCCACCUCGACAGGAAACAGUGAGUUAACGUUCAGGUUGAGCUAGCAUUAGCACCGAGCAUGUUAGCUUCAGAGUUGAAACAGUAACUCAGAGGUCGGUGUUCUGUGGGGCCAAGCCCAGCCCGACAAACUAUAGAUAAUUUUAUCAUUGUUCUACUCUUUUCCCACCACAAUGAUAUCUGUAACUUAGCGAUAGCAACAUGACAGUUCACACAUGUUCUUGUAGACACAGAGAAAGCUACAAGUCAACCAAACGGACCGUCUGUCCUUGUGGUUCUAAGUGCGCAUGCGUGAAUGGCACAUUUUUGUUUACGCGCUGGUGUUUAAAUGUGAUUCAAAAUCUAACUUUCAACAAAGUUUUAGUUUAGACAGCAACAUUAAAAGGUUUCAUACAAGGAAAAAGACAAUAACAUCCAGACACAUUCAUUUACAAAUAGAUUACCAGCUUUCAGUAGUAAAGCAUGUGCAUCAAUAAAUCAAAUCGAUCAAUCAAUCAAUCAGUCUCUGGCCAGAUUAUUCUUAAUCUUAGUUUAAAAAUCUUCAAAAUCGAUACCAUUAUUAAGUUUGGUGUGACCUUGUAGAAACCGCAGAUCCAGGACACAAUGUUCCUGUCUGACCAUGUCAACAAAAACUGCAAAUGUAGAAGUUCCUGAGAGCAGAGUUGUGGUAGAGCUGUUGUAUUUGGAAGCAUUAGAUUGCCCCAGUGUUCAUAAUGCUAAAGAUGGUCUGUGUAACCUGGUUGGAAUAGGAAAGCUGACUAUAAUGUGGCUUUCAUUACUAAAGUCAUCCUUAAAGCGAUACUCCAGCAUAAAAUUAAUUUAGAGUCAAACACACCGUAACACCGAGUUAGACACCCCCUCGAGAGGGGAAUGUUGCCAACCGCUUGCUUCUCUAGUUAUACCAAAUUUAGUAACGACCGCAGGAUAGCAAUACACAGCGGUCUGACGAGCCAUAAACAAACCUCAACCAAAAAGCCACUCUAUAGCCACAAAUAAUACUCAGAACAGCACCUAACUUCAUCAACAGUACAUAUAGGGUCCCAGUCAUAGCACUAGCCACCAAACAUCGUUUUAACUUUGCCUGAUUUCUUGAGCAAAGAGACUAAACACAACUCACCUACUCUCUUCCAGCAGCCGCUUGUUUGUAGCGAGACCUUAGGCCAGUCCAUAAUGGACUACAGCGGGGUGACGCAACUCAAGGAAGAACAUUUAUAAGCAUUUUUUCAUGGAAAUGCAAUCAUACUAAAAGGCUAAAACAGAAGAACUACUGCGUCUGCAGUGCAAAAUUAUUAAUAUGGUGAUUAUUACUUCAAGGAAAUGAUAAAGUUAUGAUCAUAAAUGGCUUUUUGGUUAAGUGCGUUGCUCUCUGUAUUGCUAUCGUGCGAUCAUUAAUAAAGUUGGUAUAACUAGAGAAGCAAGCGGUCGGCAACAUUCAUCUCUCGAUUGGGUGUCUAACUCUGUGUUACUGUGUGUUUGACCCUAACUUAAUUUUAUGCCGGUUAUUCCCUUAAAGAAACCUUUUUCCUCCUUUUUCUCUGUAGAUGUCAAGUUUAGGCUUGAUGAGCAGACAGCCCACAGCAGUCUGGACCUCUUUAAGAAAGACACUGGCGUGAUCUACCGCAUGCUUGGCCUGGACCCCAGCCAUGUGCAGGACAACCCUGAGCGUUUCCGAGACUGGGCUGUGGUGUUUGGUGACGAGAAGAUCAGCAGUGGACGACAUUACUGGGAGGUGACGGUCAAAAAGUCUCAAGAAUUUCGCCUUGGUGUUGCCGAGGCGUUGAUGUCUCGAGAAGACUGCGUGGGAACCAACAGCUCCUCCUGGGUGUUUGGCUACGCUCAGCGCAAGUGGUUCGCCAUGACCAAUAAGAAGAUAGUUCCUGUGACGCUGGUGGGCAAGCCGGACCGCGUGGGCAUCCUCCUCGACUUCGAACAGGGCCUUCUGGGGCUUGUGGACGCUGAAAAACCCAGGAUCAUUCACACCAUCAGGGUCCAGUUCAAAGCUCCUCUCUGUCCUGCGUUCGGACUCUGGGACGGGGAGCUGCUCACACACUCUGGCCUGGAGGAGCCAGAGGGCCUGAAGUAAAGCAGGGUUACCUGUGACACUAAUGAUUAGAGUGGACAUGAAAAUGGACAAGCUUGCCUUCUGAAUCGGGUUAUAUUCAUCUUAUUGGUGCUGGGAAAUACAAGCAAUACCUACGUCGGAAUAAGUUACAGUUUGAUCGCAGACAGCGGUUAAUUUUCUGUGGUCCAGUGUUCAUAAUCAUGACUCUUAAUAGGAGUUCAUACUUUCUGAAUACCAUCCAGCCUCAGGCGAUCAUUUCACAUAUGCUGAUUUGUGCUUAUCAUGUGUAUUACCUCUCAUACUGACGAAUAAAAAUGAUGUUUUUCUUUUGUGAGUAUUAUCAGCUGCAUUAUAUACACAGUUAUAAAUCAACUCAGAACCUUUUUUGGACUCAUGUUCAUACUGUAUAUUGUUUAAUAAAAUGACUACACUUUGAUUACUAGAAUGUCAUUUAUUUACAGCAGGAUAGUACAUAUUUACAAAGGAAAAGUCAUGCUCAGGAAUCAGAUCAUCGCCAGGGAUAAACUGAGUUGAACAGUGAUUAAACUCAGUAUAAAUCUGGAUUAGAAAUUUUAACCUAUGACUUAAAUCCUCAAAAAAUAGUGGUUGACUUUCAUAGUGGACAUACACAUGAAGUUGUUUGCAACAGUCUUUUGGAGAAACUGGAUGUACUGUACCUCAGAGUAUUUCCCCUAGUGCCCUCAAAAGUCUUUUAACGCGAGAGUAAAUCCUCUUCAAAUAAAAAAUAUAAGGUGAACACAAGCAGUGCCUAAAAGCAUAGGUGAGCGGGUGCAAAGUACAAGUCAUUCCAGCAUAAACAGCAAGAAAUGCGAAAGAACCACCUCCUGUCGAGGUAGAAUAAUAAUGAAGCAGCAGUGGGAAUAUUUAUACCAUCAUUACACAGGAGGCAUAAAACUCUCUGAUUAAAUGACACUGAUGAAGCAAAAAUAAUUCAAUGUUUAACAAUAAAUAAGCACAAUGAAUAGAUA